AUGGGCGUCAGGGUCGCCAUUCGGGAACAGCUCGCCUUCCUCGUGGUGUUUGCUGUUCUCGUUGGCCUGAUGAUCUUGUCCGUCCCCGUCUGGGUCUACGUCAAUCAGUUUGUCGCCCAGGUCGAAGGACGUGAACUCGCCCUCACUGCCUCGCUCAAGGCCUCGCGCAUCUCCGCCGAGCUCGAACUCGUUCAGACCAGCAUCAUCACCAUCUCCUCUCGAAUUCUGAUCCAAAACUCUCUGUUCACCUUCUACGACGGGAACGACACCGACGAGAAUUGGGUUCAGGCCAGGGGUGAUCUCAACAGUGCCUUGAGUGUUGGCGCUCUCACGGGGCUGCUACAAGGGAGGAUUUACUCGAGAAACACCACUGGCAACGUCCAUGGUCUGCUCAACGUCACUGGGGAGAAGAUCCCCCAGAUCCCAUUGCCGUAUGGUGGCCCCGAUGGACAGCAGGUCUACCUCUCCGACACACCCGAGGGCUACCCGCCAGAUCUCUACCCAAACAUCACUUACGAGGACCUUGGACGUCCGAACCAGUACAGGAACAACACACAGGCAUUUGCUGCCAAUGCCUUUCCUGGGGUUCGCAUUUCGACGAAUGGCGGCUUGUUGCUUGGUCCCAUGAUAAUCAACGGCACAACCGCCCUCAUGUCGAUAACGGUCCCGAUCCGUUACAACCAGCAGCAAGAAUUCAUACUCGGAUACAUGACACUCGUCGCCACGGCAAACUCGCUGAUCGCCAUUCGAAACUCCCGCGAAGGUCUGGGGGAUACGGGUAUAGUGUUGCUCGCUGGGCCCACGGAACAAUCCAACAGGUUUUCUGCCUCGAACCCAGCCAGCAAUUCUACGUAUCUGCCAGACAGGAAUAUUGCGGCAAACGUGCCAGUCAAGUUCGUGCUCCCGCCCAACCCCAUAGACGGUCAAGGCGACCGACACAAUGAACGAAGCUGGGCGAACAAUAAAGACGACGAACCCUUUCCCAUGAAGGACUACCCGGCAAUUUUUGAUUCUUUCACCAAAAGAUUUAUCAGCCCUAACAACUCGAGCUCCACACUCUCAACGAAUAACGAGCAGGGCCUUCCAGUCGCCGUGGGUUUCGCAAGAACCAAUACUGCCCUCGUUAACUGGACAGUCGUGGUAGAGCAGGCCAAGUCAGAGGCUGACGCGCCCAUCGACACGUUACGGACCAUCAUUUUGGGUUGUGUCUUCGGUACUGCGGGUCUCGUCAUCAUACUAAUAUUCCCAUGUGCGCACCUUAGUGUAAUGCCCAUCAGGAGACUCAAGACGGCGACGGAGAAGUCUGUCCAGCCUCCAGGCUACGAGGAUGGCUAUUAUUCUGAUUUUGACGACGGCGAAUCCCCCGGCUCAGGCGGCAUAUCGUCCCGGUCAAAGCGGUCAAGAACGGACGGGUUCAUCGCGAGCAUCUACAAGUUGGUCGGUUACAAGCCCAAGGAGAAGCCGGCUUCCGAACAUGACCGCGAAUCAACCCGCCGCAUCUUCAAAAUUCCCGGAAAGGUUGAAAAUCGAAAGCACUUCAUCACCGACGAACUCACCGAAUUGACAGAAACCUUCAACGACAUGAGUGAUGAGCUGGUUAAGCAAUACACGUCAUUGGAUCAGAAAGUCUUGGAACGCACGAGAGAGCUCGAGAUCAGCAAGAAAGCAGCCGAAGCCGCCAACGAAAGCAAAACCCUCUUCAUUGCCAACAUCUCUCACGAGCUCAAGACGCCGCUGAAUGGCAUUCUUGGAAUGUGCGCUGUUUGUAUGGAGGAAACUGAUGUUCUGAGGAUCAAGCAGUCUCUUAAGACGCUUUACAAAUCAGGCGACCUGCUACUUCACCUGCUUGAAGACCUCCUCAGCUUCUCUAAGAACCAAAUCGGUCAACAACUUAACCUGGAGGAGAAGGAAUUCCGCUUGGCCGACAUCAAGUCGCAGAUUCUUACCAUCUUUGACAAGCAAGUUAAAGAGGGACGGAUCACACUGACUGUCAACUUCCUCGGUUCCGAGGCCAUCGAACUCAGCAGUAGCCCUGAGAGGACAAGCACAGACAACAGGCUGCCUGCCCUUGGCCCACAUGGUACCGGCAGACUGAAGGACAUGUGCCUCUGGGGUGACCAGCAUCGCAUUCUCCAGGUUAUUAUCAACCUGGUGAGUAACAGUGUCAAGUUCACUCCGGCAGGCGGCAGGGUCGACGUUCGCAUCAAGUGCAUUGGUGAGGUGGAAACCCCGCCGCCGAAUGACGGAAGCCGCUCUUCAUCGUUUUCCAGAGAUUCCAGACGACACGGCAGGCCCCGGCACCGGCUUGGUUCCAGCUCAACCCAGUCUGUGAGCUCCAAGGGAGGUUCGACUUCCGAGCCUGUAAAGGGUACCGCCCUGGUCAUCAACCCGAUGGAGCCCAAAUCGACACCGCAUAUCCACGUUCGAGAGCGGUCUCCCACGCCACCGCCUCCUGGAGCAAAGGCCUAUAUUUUCGAGUUUGAAGUCGAAGAUACUGGCCCGGGUAUUGCGGAACACAUGCAACAGAAGGUGUUCGAACCUUUUGUGCAAGGUGACUUGGGAUUGAGCAAGAAAUUUGGCGGCACGGGUCUCGGCCUGAGUAUCUGUCAUCAGCUCGCAAGCCUCAUGGGAGGCUCGAUAUCCCUGAAGAGCACCGUCGGGGUCGGCACGACCUUCACCAUGCAGAUUCCCUUGAAAUACGUCAAGGACAGGGCAUCAAGCACGGCCUCCAGCAGUGUCAAAUCUCGACCGCCAAGCGUUGAUACCAUCGACGCAAUUGAGGGCGCCCAGAACCCGAAACGUAACUCUGGCGGAACACCCGUCAAACCGUCCAUCAAGCCUGCAAACGAGACCAACGCGAAGAACCUUUUGGAUCAACAACCAAGGCUGGUCGGUCUCAGUCAACCGUUUUUCGCGUCCAACCCAGCACCGAAGGCAAAGCGAAGCACAAGGGACCAGAUGGCAGCGAUCGACCAGGCAAUGGCUACCAAGGCCAACCAGGAGGGGAAGCUGCGAGUGCUUGUCGCUGAUGACAACUCGACAAACAUCGAGGUUGUCAGCAAGAUGCUUAAGCUUGAGGACGUCUACGACGUUACCAUAGCCAAGGACGGCCAGGAGGCAUACGACCUUGUCAAGGCAAACAUGGACAACAACAAAGGCUUCGACGUCAUCUUUAUGGACAUUCAGAUGCCGAAUCUCGAUGGCCUGCAGUCCACGAAGCUCAUUCGCAAGAUGGGCUACACGGCUCCCAUCGUAGCAUUGACAGCCUUCUCGGAAGAGAGCAACGUGAAGGAGUGCAUGGAGAGCGGCAUGGACGAGUUCCUCAGCAAGCCUAUUCGACGCCCUGCAUUGAAGCAGGUCCUCAAGAAGUUUGCCACGAUCCCAGAAGAGCCCGAAACGACGAGUUUAACAAGAAAGACGACGCCAGAGCGAGCCACUCCCGAGAAACCCAAAGCCGCCAACGGCACCACCACCGCUCCGCUGUUGAGCGAGAAGGGAGACGCGAUCCACCCGAUGGGGAACGGGAACGGGAACGCAACCGCCCCGGCAUCCGAGCAACCUUUGUCAGAGAAGGGGGGGUAUAACUGA